AUGCCCUCCGACGCAAGGAAAGCGAGGCAAGCCGCGAAGAAAGGUGGCGGCCGGGGAAAGGGCCCCCAAAUCAAACCGGAUGCGAAGGCGUCGGUGGGGGAGGAACAGCUCCUCGACGAUGUCGACGCUGUAGACGAGCCCGACAAUGUGGACGCGGCGGCCGCGAUGCUCGCCAAAAUUGAGCUCGACAAUGCAAAGGCGCGCAGCGUCGCCGGUGCGCUCACAUCGAACCCGAAAUCCGUCGAUGUUAAGGUCGAAGGGCUGACCGUCACGUUUCACGGCCGCGAGAUCGUUACCGACACCAAGCUCGAGCUGAACAUGGGCCGCCGCUACGGGCUGAUCGGACUGAAUGGAUCUGGCAAAUCCACGAUCAUGCAGUCGAUUUACAACCGCGAGAUGCCGCUGCCUGACCAUCUGGACAUGUUCAUGGUAUCACGUGAGAUGGAAGCAUCGACCAAGACCGCUCUGCAAGCUGUCGUCGACGUCGAUGAGGAGCGCAAGCAUCUGGAAAAGCUCUCCGAGGAGUUGGCUGCUUGUGAUGAUGAUGAGUCGCAGCAAAAGCUGAUGGACAUCUACGAGCGACUCGACGAGAUGGAUGCAGACUUGGCCGAGGCGAAGGCCGCAAAUAUUCUUCACGGGCUCGGCUUCUCGAAGACGAUGCAGGCCAAGAAGUGCAAGGAUUUCUCUGGUGGUUGGAGGAUGCGGAUCGCGCUCGCGCGUGCGCUGUUCCUAAAGCCGUCGUUGCUACUGCUCGACGAGCCGACGAACCACUUGGAUCUCGAAGCUUGCGUGUGGCUCGAAGAAGAGCUCGCCAAGUACAAACGAUGCUUACUGAUCGUCUCUCACUCUCAAGAUUUCAUGAACGGUGUCUGCACAAACAUCAUCCAUCUUUUCCAGCGUCAGCUGGUUUAUUUUGGGGGAAACUACGAUUCGUUCAUCAAGACGCGAGAGGAACUCCUGGAGAACCAGAUCAAGCGUUACAAUUGGGAGCAGUCUCAACUACAGAACAUGAAAGACUACGUUGCACGAUUCGGUCACGGCUCGGCGAAACUGGCGCGACAAGCGCAAUCCAAGGAGAAGACGAUGGCAAAGAUGAUCGCCGGCGGUCUGACGGAAAAAGCCGUUCAGGAAACGGUAAAACAAUUCUACUUUUUCGACGCCGGCGAGAUCCCGCCGCCCGUCAUUAUGGUGCAGCACGUGUCGUUCCGCUACAAUGAAAAGACGCCUUGGAUCUACCAUGACAUCGAUUUUGGCAUCGAUCUCGACACACGUAUCGCCCUCGUCGGCCCGAACGGAGCCGGCAAGUCGACGCUGUUGAAGUUGAUUUGCAACGAUGUGCUGCCCACCGACGGGCUCAUCAGGCGGCACUCUCACUGCAAAAUCGGCCGCUACCAUCAGCAUCUCCACGAAGAGCUGCCCUUGGACCUGUCGGCGCUCGAGUUCAUGAUGACGUCUUUCCCGGAGGUGAAGGAGAAGGAGGAGAUGCGCAAGAUCGUCGGCCGCUAUGGCAUUACUGGCCGCGAGCAGGUGUGCCCAAUGAAACAACUGUCAGAUGGGCAGCGCUGUCGCGUCUCAUUCGCAUGGCUGGCUUGGCAACAGCCGCAUCUACUCCUCCUCGACGAACCGACGAAUCAUCUCGACAUGGAAUCCAUCGACGCGCUGGCUGAAGCGAUCAACUGCUUUGCCGGCGGCCUCAUUCUCGUCUCUCACGACUUCCGACUGGUUUCUCAGGUGGCAAAAGAAGUCUGGGUGUGCGACAAGCAGACGAUCACCAAGUGGGAGGGCGGCAUCAUGAGCUACAAGGAGCACCUGCGCAAGGAGCUCGAACGGGAGCGCAAACGCCGCGAGAAGCUCACCGAACGC